GGCAACACGGAGUGGAAAUCUACGUGGGGGACGGGCCGAUCGCUAGGGAGGGGAACUUUGGCAAUUACUUUUCAUCGCUAAAUUCUGUGCAAUAUUGUUGUUUGUCUAGUCACCAGUGUCAUAUACUCCUGUACACUUCAAAUUGUAUAUAAUUUCCGUGAGUGCGUUCAAAAUGAGCUUGUGCACCGGAGCCAGUUGCUAAGGGGCAUUCUGAAGACCGAUAUCGAACCGAGUGGAUUAUGGCAGUUUUCCUGGUAAAUGUUUGUAAAUUCAAUGGUUGCGGGCUUACGUAUCCAUCGCUGGGUGAUUUGAUACAACACAUCGAGGAAACGCACAUAGACUAUGACCCGUUCAGCGAGGAGCAGCAGGAGCGGCAGCAGCCGUCGUGCAUCCCUCUCAGCUCCGCGCUCCGGUUCUACACCAACCUCCCGUCGAGGAAGCCGGCCGCCGCCGCCGCUGCCAAGACGGCUCCUGCGGCCGGUGCCGGCUCUCACGGGCCAAACCACGGACAGCAGACGGGCGGUGGUGGAACGGCCGGGUCCGCCGGCCUGCCCACCCUCGGCCGAGCGAGCUCCACUGGCAGCGCGUCACCCUCCGUGGCGAGCGAGGAGCCAGAGUACGACAUUAUGACAGACUCGGAGGAUAGCAACGACUCUUGGACCACUCAGGAAGAAUUCUCGGCCGAGUUCAUCAUGCGAUACGGCUCAAAGAUGACAAAUCCCAAUGCAAAUGAAGAGAAGCCAUACUCUUGCCCAGUACCUGGUUGUAAAAAGCGUUACAAGAACGUUAAUGGUAUCAAGUACCAUGCCAAGAAUGGUCACAAGAAGGAUGCAAAAAUACGGAAGGCGUUCAAGUGCCACUGCGGGAAGAGCUACAAGACGGGCCAGGGCCUGAAGAACCACGCGGUGAUAAACCACGCUGGCACUCCGCUGACUACAAUCACCACUUCGAUGGGAGAGGUGCUACAGAUUCCCACCAGCCAGGUGACGACACUGCAGCCAGUGCGGGUCAGCCUCUCGGCCCUGAUGGGCGGCCACGCGAUGCCCGUGAAGACGGUGGCGGCGCGACACCUUCUCACCACUUCGUUCAAGGACACACUGCGGCGCACGGUGGAGUCAGCUGUCAGGGAUGACGAGCGCGGACAGUCGAUCACGCUGACCGGCGUAUCACGGGCAAACACCAUACAGGUGGCCGUGCCGGCGUCGGGCAUCAUCCCUCUGAGCGGGGACAAGGAGCUGACGGCAGUGCCUGUCUCGCGUCUGCUGGCGCAGGGACUGGGCGGCAGCAUAAAGCUGGCACAGCUCGGCACGGCCGCCGGUCACCUGCGCACCACGGCUGCCGACGCCACGCCCGCCACCACCGCCACUGCAGUCGUAAAGGUAGAGCAGACGGUGGUGAGGAAGACGUCCAGCUGGGACUCUGUCUCAGUCAGCGCCGCGCCCACGGCCGUCUCCGUGUCGUGCGGCGGCGGCGACGUGACGCGGCCGGUGACGCCGCCCGGUCAGCAGUUGCGCGCCGCGCUGCCGCCCACGCCGCUGACGCCCGGCUGGCAGGGCCCGCCGUUCCCGGACAGCGUCAUCGAGGACGAGCUGCCGCCCACGCCGGCCUCGCUGCUGGACGGCGGCGCCGAGCCACUGGCCGGCCCGGCGUGAGCCCGGUGAGAGCGGCCCGCCCGGCCGGCGGCCAGCAUCCACAUUAGUCCAAUAGUGCGUGUCCCGGCGGGUGGACGGGCCCGGCCGGAUAGGGACGGCGGCUGCUGGCUGCAGGACUGCGGCUGCGGCACUGCUGCGGCGGCUGCUAUGGCUCAGCUGCUGCGGUACUGCUGCGGCGGCUGCUGCGGCGGCUGCUGUGGUACUGCUGCGGUACUGCUGCGGUACUGCUGCGGCUACUGUGGCUGCUGCUAUGGCACUGCUGUGGCUGCGGCUGCGGCGGCUGCUGUGGUUACUGCUGCGGCGGCUGCUGCUAAGGCGACUGCUGUGGCUUGCCCGCAGUGUCCUCCGGCCGACCGCCCGACCGCCCGCCUGUCUGUUUGUCCGUGUAUGUGAGCGUGUGUGUCGUGCGCGCCUGACAGUGUGUGUCGUCUCGGCGUAUCGAUGAAGAUAUUAGCGGCCCUCGGGCUGACGCCGCGCCCGCGUCGUGUCACCGUGCUGCUCUAAUGUAAACUCACGAUCCGGCCCGCAGCCGCCGCCGCCGCGGCCGGGCCCGGCGGCACUGCUGCCGUUCAGGGAGUCGCCGCCGCCGCGGCCGCAAUAAGUUCCCGCCGCCCCGUGCGGUCGGGCGUCGUGUCAUGCGUGUUCUAAAGUACGCUUAUCGGUGGUGCCAGGUGCUGAUGCGGGCCGGCCGGCGGCCGCUGGGGGGCGGCCGGCGCGCCGCUGGCCCCUGUUGGCUGGCCAGCCCACUAUCGUUGUCAAUGAUUCAUCCUGACAGGGUUGCCAGUGAACAUUUUAUAGAUCAUCCUUUCAUAGUGUCAGUAGUAUGUAUUUGGUGCGCGUGUGAAACUGUGUACAAUGUGGCGAAUAAAGCAGCAGCCCCUCGGGGCCAGAGGAAUA